AUGGCAAGCUCAGGCAAGAUGUACUCCGGCAAGGAAGUUGCUCUGCACAACAGUCGCGAGAGCUGUUGGAUCAUUGUACACGGUAAGGUUUACGAUGUUACGGACUUCUUGGACGACCACCCUGGUGGAAGCAAGAUAAUAUUGAAGUAUGCUGGCAAGGAUGCAACUGCAGAGUAUGAUCCGAUUCACCCACCAGAUGCUAUCACCACCAACCUGAAGCCUGAGAAACACUUGGGGAGUGUUGAUCUCACGACUGUGGAGAAAGUUGAGGUAAAGGUUACUGCUGAAGAGCAUGCACGUCAAGAACGCAUUGCUGCUCGCCCACCCCUUUCCGAGAUCCUGAACCUUCAUGACUUUGAGGCCAUUGCGAAAUAUACUAUGCCAGAGAAAGCAUGGGCGUAUUACUCCUCCGCAGCCGAUGACGAAAUUACGAAUCGGGAGAAUCAUGCUGCAUUCCACAGGAUAUGGUUCCGUCCGCGAAUUCUUAAGGAUGUGACUAAAGUUGAUUGGUCAAUGAGAAUACUCGGGCAGAAAUCGAGCAUGCCGUUGUACAUUACUGCGACAGCUUUGGGCAAGCUAGGUCAUCCUGACGGUGAGCUGAAUCUGACGCGUGCAGCCGCGAAGCAUGGCAUUAUACAAAUGAUCCCGACACUUGCGUCAUGUUCCUUUGAUGAAAUUAUGGACGCCGCAGCUCCUGGUCAAGCCCAGUUCUUCCAGCUUUAUGUCAACAAGGAUCGCGAAAUCACGAAACGCAUAGUGCAACAUGCUGAGAAACGUGGUAUCAAAGGUCUAUUCAUUACUGUUGAUGCACCACAACUAGGUCGGAGAGAGAAAGAUAUGCGGCAGAAGUUUGAGGCUGAAGAUCCGUCCGAGGUUAGUAAGGCUGGCCAAGGGGGGGUCGACCGAUCCCAGGGAGCAGCACGAGCUAUUAGCUCCUUCAUCGACCCUGGAUUGAACUGGUCGGAUAUGGCAUGGUUCAAGAGUAUCACUAAGAUGCCCCUUAUCCUGAAAGGUGUCCAGUGCUGGGAGGAUGCACUUGAAGCAUACGACCUUGGACUUAAUGGUGUCGUCCUGUCAAACCAUGGUGGACGUCAGCUCGACUUCGCGCGGUCAGGUAUCGAAGUGCUCGUUGAGGUCACCACCGCCCUCAAAGAGAAACGUGGACUUUCUUUUCCCAACGAGAAGUUCCAGCUAUUCGUCGACGGCGGUGUCCGCCGUGCGACCGACGUCAUGAAAGCCAUUGCAUUAGGCGCUACAGCUGUUGGUGUUGGUCGCCCGUUCUUAUAUGCGUAUUCGGCCUAUGGGCCUCAAGGUAUUGAUCAAGCCCUUCAAAUUUUGCAUGACGAGUUUGAAAUGAACAUGCGCUUGCUGGGGGCUCGCAACAUGAAGGAAGUCGUGCCAGAGAUGGUUGACGCCUCAAACAUCCACCUUCAUAUGGUCUCUGUGCCCAUUGAUAACCUUUACGAGAGCAACUACGAACGGCUCCAAGGUGUCCGUCUCAAAGAGGUCAAGAACAAGCUGUGA